AUUUAAAAUCUGUGACAAGGAGGUGUCAAAUGAAAGACUUCAAGAAACUAACCUCAAAAUAAAUUUGUGUAAAUAUUGUAAAUAAACAGCAAGCAGUUAUUAUUGCACGCUCUAUUUUCUUAUAAGACCUUAUUUGUAAGAUUUAUAUUCCAUGAAAAGAAUGGUUUCACUAAGGAAAUAUAUAGAUAUAGGAGCUAACCUCACAGAUGAAAUGUACCAGGGUAUAUAUCAUGGCUCCAAGAAACAUGAGCCUGAUCUUGACACCGUACUCACUCGGAGCUGGACCGCCGGCCUCGACAAAAUGAUAAUAACUGGUGGCUCCUUGACGGACAGCAAGAAAGCUAUAGAGAUGGCACAGUCCGAUUCCCGACUCUUCGCAACAGUUGGAUGCCAUCCAACAAGAUGUACAGAUUUUAUACCUGAUCCAGAGACUUAUCUGAAUAGCCUAAAGGAUCUCAUCAAAGAAAAUAAAGAAAAAGUUGUUGCUGUUGGAGAAUGCGGCCUAGACUAUGACCGACUUAACUUCUGUGAGAAGGAUGUGCAGCUCAAGUAUUUUGAAUAUCAAUUGCAAUUGAGUCGUGAGUUCAACCUCCCGCUGUUUCUACAUUGCCGCGCGGCUGCUGACGACCUGGUCACCAUUCUGGAGAGGAAUCGCGAGUCGGUCGUAGGCGGCGUCGUCCACUCCUUCGACGGCACUGAGGAUGCUCUUCACAAGAUACUCAACUUAGGAAUGUACAUAGGUAUUAAUGGAUGUUCGUUGAGAACAGAAGAGAAUUUGAAGGUAGCAUCUCUAAUACCCACGGAUAGACUCAUGAUUGAGACGGAUUGUCCGUGGUGCGAGGUGAAGCCAACACACCCUGGAUACCGGCACGUGGUAACCAAGUACCCAGCUGUGAAGAAAGAAAAGUAUUCUGCGGCGUCGGCGACUCAAGUGAAAAACAGGAACGAGCCCGCGAACAUCGUAAAAGUUCUAGAGAUUUUAGCAGCAAUUCGUAAUGAAAAUAUAGAAGAAUUAGCAGCAGCUAUUUAUGAAAAUACUACCAGGUUAUUCUUUAAUAAAUAAUGUUUAAGUCAUAUUAAAUAAAAUUAAAACACUUCUAUUUAAU